UGAAAUUUUCGACACCUGACUCGCUAUUGUGAAUGACUGUGUUUUCGCACACCCAGCUGAUUUUGAAAUUUCGCAAAUUGUAAGCAAUAUUACAAUAACAACAACAAUAAUAUAAAUUACUACAACGUGCUGUAAACAACUCAAAGCUCCAAAUAGUAACAUUCUUUCGCUUUACACUGUAAAUUCUACCAAAAAUAGUUUUGAAACCCAAAAUAAGUACUGUUAUUAUAUAAAAAAAAUGCUUUCAAAUCUAAUUAUAACCAGACAAAAGUUUGUCCUAAUUGAAGAUGAAUUGGGUCAGGACAAGAUUUCUCAGAAAUUCAUUACACAAAUGCUCAAGGAACAAGGUGAAGUUGGCACCAUAAAAGUACUACCCCUCAACGAACAACUUAACGACGAGGCCAUCCUACAGAAAUUCCUCAACGAGUGCAAUAUGCAACCAAUGGAGGAGGGUAAAUUAUGGAAUAUUGUGCUGCCAAACCUCUCCGACUUUUUGGCGUAUCAAAAAAUUUCAGUGAUAUUUCAGUUCCUCACCAAUUUGAAGAAAUGUGAAUAUAUUAAGCGUACUUUCCUUUGGAUUUCACUACCUCACUUACAUCACGAUCAUGCCAAUUAUGUGGUGGCCGCCUUUGAAUACAUGGCUGAUUUAGUGCUGCAUAUUUUGACAACAAAUGAACUUUCCCUUUUGAUAUGUAAGCCGGGCGGUGGUGUUACCUUCCAACACUAUACGUAUAAUAGAACAAAAUCAGAAUUUAAAGUAAAACUAAGACAGGCAACUGAUAAGUCAAAAACAACGAAUACAGAUAGUGAAGAUGGUCAGAAGGCGGAACAAUUGGGUACAUUUAAAAUUGAAUUAGAUGAGGAAGAAAUUGUAGCGAGAAAUGCUAUGAAAAUGCCUUAUGAAAAAGCAAUGGAGGCUACAGAAAGUAACAUUAUCUAUACACCAGAUGCUGCCGAUGAUUUUGAUGAUGAAGAUCCCGACGAAGAUUUAAAUAUUUGAAAGUAUCAAAUAAUUACUAUCUUUUGUGUACUUUCAAUCACUAAAAUGGCUUUACACUUAUUAGUAUGAAUUACAACUUACAAUAAAACGUUUAAAUUUUUAUAAACUUUCUAAAUUCGAUAUGUUUUUAUUUGCAUUAAAGAACAAUUUUCAAUAAAAGUUGGCAAUUUUUCGUCUAAA